CGCCUCCGCCCAGCCCAGCGCUCACACGGCCGCCGGGCACCAUUCCCCGCUCACUCCUCUUGCUCGGAGUUGCUCUUUUAGCCCUUGUUCCCCGGGUGGAAACACCAGUCUGAGCUUCUCUGAAGGCGUGAAAGGGAUAACGGAGCGAGAUACCUAGCUGAGGUUUCCAGACCCCUUUUGAGUGAAGAUGAAUGUUUCUUCUGGAAUAAUGUAAGUGGAAGGUCCAGAUCUCGGUAGACUUGACUAUGGGAGCCAACACUUCAAGCAAACCACCAGUGUUUGAUGAAAAUGAUGAUGUCAACUUUGACCACUUUGAAAUUUUGCGAGCCAUUGGAAAAGGCAGUUUCGGGAAGGUCUGCAUCGUACAGAAGAAUGAUACCAAAAAGAUGUAUGCGAUGAAGUACAUGAACAAACAAAAGUGCGUGGAGCGCAACGAAGUGAGGAAUGUCUUCAAGGAGCUCCAGAUCAUGCAGGGACUGGAGCACCCUUUCCUGGUUAAUUUGUGGUAUUCCUUCCAAGAUGAGGAAGACAUGUUCAUGGUGGUGGACCUCCUGCUGGGCGGGGACCUGCGAUACCACCUGCAGCAGAACGUCCGCUUCCAGGAAGACACUGUGAAGCUCUUCAUCUGCGAGCUGGCCAUGGCCUUGGACUACCUGCAGAGCCAGCGCAUCAUUCACAGGGAUAUGAAACCUGACAAUAUUUUGCUUGAUGAACAUGGGCACGUGCACAUCACAGACUUCAACAUCGCCGCAAUGCUGCCCGGGGAGAUGCGGAUCACCACUGUGGCCGGCACCAAGCCUUACAUGGCACCUGAGAUGUUCAACUACAAAAGAGAAGCAGGCUAUUCCUUUGCUGUUGACUGGUGGUCACUGGGAGUGACAGCAUAUGAGCUGCUGAGAGGCCGGAGACCGUAUCAUAUUCGCUCCAGUACUUCCAGCAAGGAAAUUGCACACAUGUUUGAGACAGCACUAGUGACUUACCCUUCUGCCUGGUCACAGGAGAUGGUAUCCCUUCUUAAAAAGCUACUUGAACUGAAUCCGGACCACCGAUUUUCCCAUUUGUCUGAUAUUCAAAACUUCCCAUAUAUGAAUGAUAUGAACUGGGAUGCAGUUCUGCAGAAGAGGCUCAUUCCAGGAUUUGUUCCUAACAAAGGCAGGCUGAAUUGUGACCCCACCUUUGAACUCGAAGAAAUGAUUUUGGAGUCCAAGCCUCUUCACAAGAAAAAGAAGCGUCUGGCCAAGAAGGAGAAGGAGAUGAGGAAAUGCAAUUCCUCUCAGACAUGCCUUCUUCAAGAACACCUUGAAUCUGUCCAAAAGGAGUUCAUAAUUUUCAACAGAGAAAAAGUCAAAAGGGACUUUAAUAAAAGACAAGCAAAUCAAGCCUUGGAACAAACCAAAGACCCACAAGGAGAGGAUGGUCAGAAUAGCAACCUGUGAAGUCCUCAUCAUCUUCUUGGGACAUUUCCACAUCAGGAAGAGCUGACAAUAAUUCUCACCUCUCCACGCCUCACACACCUUAGAAAAUGUGAAUGAAUGCCUUGGGAAGGAGGCAGCAUGACACAGGGAAGAGUCCCUGGGUUCCUGGGAACUAGUUUCACAAUUGUGUGACCUUGAGCAAGUCACUUAAUCCCUUUCUCUGCUUCAGUUUGUUCAUCUAAAAGGAGAAGUUAGUACUAGAUGAGUUCUACGCUGCCUUUUUAACUGCCAACAUCCUGUUAUUCUUAAUAGCCUCUAUUUUUACUUUAAAAGGAAUAUUUGGAUGUAGAUUUAUUUUUCCACUCUUAAUUACACUGUGACAAAUGGACUUCGGUGGCUGAUGGAGUGAAGCCCUUGAGAGCUAGAAAACUUCAUAAGGAAGCCAGAAUCCCCAAACCCACCCGAG